AUGGAGGAGUUUCUUCGCCCCAACGAGACCUCGGAACAGUUCUACGCGCGCUGCACCAACCUGACCGCGUUCGACUGCAGCGAGGACGAGAUGCUGUGGUGCAUAAUGGGCCCGCGCCGGCUGCCGCUCACCCGCAUCGUGCCUAUCACCGUGGCGCUGCUGCUGAUCUGCCUCACGGGCGUGGCGGGCAACGUGGCCGUGUGCGUCGUGAUCGUGCGCCACCCCGCCAUGCGCAGCGACACCAACUACUACCUGUUCAGCCUGGCGCUCAGCGACCUGCUGCUGCUGCUGUUCGGUCUGCCGAACGACUUAUCAGUGUACUGGCACCAGUACCCCUACAGCCUCGGGGUGGUGUUCUGCAAACUGCGCGCGCUCAUCUCAGAAGCGGCGUCCUACGUUUCGGUGCUGACGAUAGUGGCAUUCACACUGGAGCGCUACCUGGCCAUCUGCCACCCGCUGCACAUCUACGCCAUGGCGGGGCUGCGACGCGCGCUCCGCAUCGUGCUCGCUCUGUGGGCGUUGUCCCUGCUCGCCGCCUCGCCCUUCGCGCACUACACCACCGUCAACUACCACGAGUACCCACCUGAAUCAGGCAACUCAUCGUUGGAGUCAGCGUUCUGCGCGAUGCUGGAGCUGCCAUCCUGGCAUAUCUGCGAGCUGAGCAGCUUCUUCUUCUUCGUCCUGCCCGGCAUCGUCAUCCUCUGCCUGUACGUCCGGAUGGGGUUGCGCAUCAGGUCAACGCACACCCACAACCCGGGCAGUCCGGGUACGUUGAACGGAGUGAACGGCAGCGUACACGGGGAAGCCCGCCAGGCGCAGUCCCGCAAGAACAUCAUAAGGAUGCUGGCUGCUGUGGUGGUGGCCUUCUUCGUGUGCUGGGCGCCCUUCCACUUCCAGCGGCUGUUCUUCAUCUACGGCAGCCACGUGGCGCACUACCACUCCAUAAACGAGUACCUGUUCCUGGCCGCCGGCGUCUUCUACUACAUCUCCGCCACCGUCAACCCCAUCUUGUACAACAUCAUGAGCCACAGGUACCGAAUAGCCUUCAAAGAAACCUUAUGCUGCAAGAAGGUCCGCAGAAAGAAGAGUCGCUACCGAGACCACUCGAGCAUCAGAGAGACGAUGGUCAACCACACUUCGGAGGGCUCCCACCUGGUGAGGGUCAGGUCCCACAGCCACGAGCGCCGGGCUCGCACGGAGCAGCGCAUGCGCAGGAACAGCUGCUGCGCCAGCGACAGUAGCGCCUCCUACAGCGACAGGUGGCGGGAGUACAACCGACGGGAGAACAGCGUGUGGCGCAAGAACAACACGGAGGCCAGCCAGUUGAUGCUUCGGGACUACAGUCGGAGUUUUUCAAAAACGGCUGCCAGGAUUAAUUAUGUGCAUGGCGGCGGUAUAGCGAAAGAAAACACAGUGCGUUUUUGGUUCCAUCGUUUUCGUUCUGAAAAUGUUGACCUGCAGAACAAGCCCCGUGUACGGCUGGAGACCAAAGUUGAUAAUGAAGAAUUGAAGGCUAUUGUGGAAGCAGAUUCAUUGCAAAUCACGUCUGAUCUAGCUGCAGGCUGCGAUGUUAGUGAUUAA